AUGGGUAUCCAGGAGUCUUUUAAGCGCUAUGUCGAGGUCGGCCGUGUUGUGCUCAUUAACACUGGUGAGCACAAGCACAAGCUUGCCGUGAUUGUCGAGAUUGUCGACCAGAAUAGGCAGGCCGUGAUUGAUGGCCCUGUCGCCGGCGUGCCCCGCCAGGUGCUUCGCUACAGCCAGGUCACGCUUACUCGCUUUGUGAUCAAGCUGCCCCGUGGUGCGCACACCCCAGUGGUGAAGAAGGCAUUUGAAGCGUCUGGCGUUACUGAGCAGUGGAACAGCUCCAAGUGGGCCAAGACUCUCAAGGCCCGCGAGCUCCGCAGGAACAACUCUGACUUUGACCGCUUCAAGGCUGCGGCGCUGAAGCAGCAGCGCCGCCGUGUGAUCAACACCGCGGCGAAGAAGGUCCAGGCCUAA